AUGACCAGAAGAGCAGCGAUGCUCGUUAAUGUUGGAACGGUUAUAAUGACCACUUUGACCAUGAGUAGCUUGGUCAGAGGCUUCGGUGUGAACUGGGGCAAUAUAGCGUCGCAUCCAUUGAAUCCUGAUAUUGUUGUUAGGAUGCUUAAGGACAACAAGAUCAAUAAAGUGAAGCUUUUUGACGCUGAUUCAUGGACGAUGAAUACUUUGGCCGGUACGGGCAUGGAGGUUAUGGUUGGAAUCCCUAAUAACCUUCUUGAAACUCUAGCCGAUGAUUACGAAAAUGCUAAAGAUUGGGUCAAAGAAAAUGUCACGGCUUACAUGCGUAAGGGUGGCGUCAACAUCAAGUACGUGGCUGUGGGGAACGAGCCUUUCUUGUCAUCAUACAACGGAUCAUUCUUGGAGACAACGUUUCCAGCAUUAAAGAACAUUCACAAGGCGUUAAAAGAAGCUGGACAUACUGAUAAAAUGAAAGCCACGAUUCCACAAAACGCUGAAGUUUACCAAUCAGCUAAUGAUAAGCCAUCAGAAGGCGAUUUUCGCAAGGAUGUAAAGAAAACAAUGCUUGACAUCGUUAACUUCUUUCAUGAUAAUGACUUACCUUUCACGGUCAACAUUUAUCCUUUUCUUAGUCUUUACCUGAACGAACAUUUCCCCGUUGAAUUCGCCUUUUUCGACGGUAAAGGUCAGUCAAUUCCUGAUAAUGGCAAGAAUUAUGAUAAUGUGUUUGAUGCGAAUUACGAUACGCUUGUUUACGCGUUGAAAAAAGCUGGAAUUGGAUGGCCAACGGAUGGUCAUAAAUAUGCGACACCAAAGCUAGCAGAGAAAUUUUACGCAGGUCUUAUGAAAAGACUUGCUGAAGAGGAAGGGACUCCAUUGAGGCCUGAGAGAUUAGAAGUUUAUCUCUUCGGUUUCCUCGACGAAGACAUGAAGAGUAUUAUGCCUGGACCAUUCGAGAGACAUUGGGGAAUCUUUAGGUACGAUGGAACACCUAAGUUUAUGCUAGAUUUCACUGGAAAAGGACGCAAGAUGGUACCCGUGGCAGCGAAAGGAGUGAAAUACUUAGAUAAACAAUGGUGCAUAGUGAACAAAGAUACGAUCAAUCUAGAUAAGGUUGCUCCGGACCUAGAAUAUGCAUGUUACCACGGUGACUGCACAGCGAUGAAGGGUGAUUCAAAAUGUAGUAAGCUAGACAAGAUCCAAAACAUAUCAUACGCUUUUAAUAUGUAUUAUCAGAUUCAGGCCCAAGACGUCAGGGCUUGUGAUUUCAACGGAAUGGCUAGGAUUACUAAGGACAAUGCAACCGUGGGAAGUUGCUUGUUCCCCAUUCAGAUCGUUAGUGGAAGUGACGACUUCAAGAUCAGCUUUGUGUUGGGAAGAUUCAUUGUCGUUGGACUUGUUCUUCUUGGAUUAAUCACAAUUAUAUAA